GCGAGUUGUUGUUUACCCCGUUGUAAGUCAGUUCGCUUGUGUUAAAUAAGGAGACGCCGGAAGCAUUUUAUUGUUGAAUUUGUACAUAUAUUUGAGGAGCUUGUGGAGGGAAGGUACUACGACCCCUGGCACUGAAUUCCUACAGAUAGCAUGAAUCGUCCGACGAUUGCAGAGCAAGAAGAUCUUGUUAAAGAAUCCCUUUUUAAGUUCCUGAGGAAGCACAUACCAAGUGCUCAGUUAAGUUCUAUUGAUGAGAUUGUUUUGAGAUAUGUAGUAAGCAUACUUGAAGACCUCGGCACAGAAGCAAGUGUGGAAGAAGCUUUUGAUGUUGAAGGUUUUUGUGAGAUGAUGGCAGCAUAUUUCCCCGAAUUUUCCACAAUACAUCACACAGAUGUCUGUCAGUGGAUGUUCGAGUUGGAGGCAACAUUAAGCCAAAAGAAGAGAAAGGAUGAGUGCAACAGCGGCGAUUCCUUUGCAAAGGAUAUACCUGUGCUAACUCUGCAGACACUUGUACCUGCACGUAACCAUGGUGACAGUGAGAGUAGUGGUGGUGGCAGUGGUGACACCACAAAACGUGUACACCAGCUCUCUGAAAACAGCGAUGGAAGCUCAGACAGCAGUGGGGACUAUUAUUUGGGACAGGAGGAGCCACAGUACGAUGCAGCUCAAGUGCAGCUCCUACAGGAGAUGUUCCCCAGCGCGUGCACUAUCGAGGUGCGUCACUGCUUGGCCAUUGCUGAGGGUGAUGUCGGCCGUGCUGCUCAGUUGGUACUGCACCGCCAGGAGGCAGGCCAGAGCCUCACCAGCCACUCUCCGGCUAUGACUGCAUUAGCUCAGCGCCAGAAAGCUGUUGUAGAUGAUCAGGAACUGAAAUCUCGCAUAAUAGCGAGGUAUAGCUAUGUGGACAAGGAUGAUGAUGUUCGUGAGCACAGGCCAGUGGGACCAAAAGCAGAGCCUAAGAAGCUGGUGAGGUAUCGUGACAACAAGAUUGUCAGUCUUAAAGGAGAACGUUUCACUGAAGUUAAAAAAGAUGACGAAGAAGAUGUGAAAAAAACAUAUGUGAGCAUCAAGCCAGCAAGGCAGUAUCGUUUCCACUGAUAUUCCUCCUAGAGCUUAUUUGCUCCACAGAAAGGUAUUUUAGCAUCAUCUUUCUGGUUAGAGGAAUGGGAAAUAAAAGAGAGGCCGCACAAAGAGAUGUGAUUUUGAAAGAAAGGUAUUGUUUCAAAGAAGAGAAUUUAUCUUUGCAGCUAAUCUGAAGAAUGAAGUUUUACAGAUUAAACAUAGUGAAAAUAUUACAGAAAAUAUUUAUGCAUUCCUUUCUGUUAGAAGGCAGUUAUACUUUGCGCAUGGACUUCAUGUGCCAUUACUAUUCUUGAGCUUUAACUGUUUUCUCUUCUGAAAUUUUGUAAUAUUCUUUUUAAUAUACAGAUCUGAAAUGUGACAUUUUGGAAAGACUGGACAAUUUUCCCCACACUUUAUAACUUGU